UAACGAUGACGAAGGGGAAGGUCGGGCGGCGGAAAGCCGGUGUAUAAAGUGACAAUGCACUGUGUAUGCGAGCUUUAAAGCAAUACAACCGGGAGAGAGGGGAAGGCUAUUGGAAACGGUUCCUUGUUAUUUCGCAGUAGUUACACACAUGACAGAGAGAACAAAUGAUGGAAGGUAGUCUGCUCGACAUCGGCAAAACAUGGAUAUUUAUUAAUGAGAGUCUAGCAGACGGACUGCUUUCGUGGAAUACUAGCGGCAAAAGUAAUGCUCGAAUACUGCAGCCUCUUUGGGAUCUACGGCUAGGCAGGGAGGAGUUCCUUCGCUCCCCCCUCUUCCCGGUUGUUCUCUCGGUGGCUUUCUACUUCAGUUUGUGUACUCCAUUUAUGAUUGUCGACUUAAUCGGAAACAAAUGGACAUGGAUACAAAGUUUUAAAUUGCAGACGAACAAGGAGGUAACAGUUUCGCAGAUCUUCGAUACCUUGGGUUUGACAUUUUGGAACCAUGUCGUGUAUAUCCUCCCUGCCGCCGUAUCCCAGUGGGUGUGGACACCAGAUACACACCUGCCCGAACUUGCACCCUCCCUGUUCGAGUUCAUGUGGCACCAAAUAGCAAGCCUGCUGGUUUUCGACUUUCAAUACUACGUGUGGCACUGGACUCACCACCGCGUCCGAUUCCUGUAUAAACAUAUCCAUGCAGUGCACCACCGGUACCACAGCCCCUUUUGCUGGGUAACCCAGUACCUGCACCCGUGGGAGCUGAUUACAGUCGGGUUCCUCACAACUACUAACACCUGGUUCUUCAACUGCCAUCCUCUGACCAUUUGGUCUUACAUGCUUGUGAGCAUCGUUGUCAGUGUGGAGGCCCACAUCGGCUUUGAUUUACCUUUCUGCCUCCACAACUGGUUUCCUUUCGGGGUCAUCGGCGGUGCGCCAAAACACGACAUGCACCACCUAAAGCCUACGACUAACUUCCAGCCGUUCUUCAAUCACUGGGACAAAUUGUUCAGUUCUUACUGUCCAGCCAUGAAAGCAGGAGGGAUCAAACCAAAACAGCUCUUGGACUACGAACACAAGAACAAGGAGACCAAGAAAUUCAUUUAGAAACUUUUAAGGUAUCUAUUUAUGCGUACCAGUAUUGAGAAUUACUUAUUUUUGUUUUCGUUAAUUUUUAACUUAUUUAUGUUCUCUUUUAAUCGAUUAUUUUAGUGUUACAUGUUGUGUGUGGAUGUUAAGAUGUUACCGAGCACCUGUCGCCUAUUGUCACCGUGUCUUGACAAUUUAAUGUCGAUAUCGGGUAUGGUUGUGUUGUCGCAAUCGUUCUUUACCCAUGGACAUGAUAGCAUUAUGAAUGCUCCCGAGAUUGAUAACAUUAUAACAUUGUGUAUAUCCGGAUCGACAACAUUUAUACCACCGCGGUUUUGAUAUUUGGUAUACCCCUUAGUUAUGGAGAUUGUUUAGACCUUUAGAUCCAUUCGGUAAUUCAUUAUGAGAUGUAUGUAUCCCGUGUAAGUCCCCCUGGUUAUCAAAUCCCAAUUCAUUAAGAUUUAAAGAAGUGUACAUUGGUGUGUGUAGCAAACGCGUACAUGCAUGCGAGUGCCUGGUCGUGUUAUUGAUCUGACCAACUCGUACGCGCUCCGCGACAAUCUGCACGUCCGCAACUUAACCUAACGAUCGGUGAUGAUAAGGAUAUAUGUCUUCAGCUAAGGUCAUCAGACCUCUUGAACUAUUGACCUCCUGUUAAAUAGUCGACCAUUAUACAGUACUUCCACAAUAACGCGCUACCGCUCACUAAUUCUUGAAAUAAUAUUUUUAAUCCCCGCUUCCUCAUAAAUGUAUUUGUUGCGGCGGUACUUAAAUUCAGGUAGGGGCGUUCUCUGAAAUUUCGUUGAAAAGCAGAGGAUGGGGUCGGAAGACCGCACUAGUGUAGAGGUUGUAAUGUAAACACACAUGUGUCCGCCUGUGACCCAGUUACCUUUCAUGCCGUGACGUCAUACAUUGUACGGCAAAAGGAUGCUGCAGUGAAUUUCGCUAUUUUUAGCUUGCAAAUAGAAAAUAGAUAACGCCUGUAGACUAGGCGAUAGGGGCCAGAAAGGGGUAACGCGGGAUGUUUUCUUCCGGCAUUAAUUAUAAUGAAUUAUCAUUUCUACCGUACCAAAUUGAUAUUGCUUUAAUUAUCGACCACCUUUCACCACGUAUCCUUUUGCGCUACCACCCGACCAAAGAAAUAAAAUAUUCCGUGAAGCUUGUUUCAGUUGCAAUCUAAAAUGGGCAGACACAAUGUAUGUGUGGCUUUGGCAAGUGUUCAAGUCGUAGUGUUAGAAGCUACGACCCCGUGACUUAUGCAAGUCAAAUAUAUCUCGUGUAUAUCCAAACCCUGUAAUCAAUAACUUAUUUUGGUAUGUUUAAGUAGAUCUUCUAUGUCCAUUCUUCAGAAGCGUCUUCUGGACCAGAGAAUAUUCGGGUCAGGAAACAAUAGGCGACGCGUGACUCAUUGUUCACAAAUGGUGUGAUGUUUCGUCAGCUAUGACAAAUUGUGAUUUGUAGUGCCUGUUUUUCCGAAUAGAUUGUGUGUUUAUAUUUUUUCGGUUCACUACUCGUAGCUCUAAAUACCCAAGCAAGAUUGGAAUGUCAAUGAAAAUGUAAUCUGUAUUUGUUAAAUGGACCUUAAGUCCCCCUUUCAAACAAUCGUAUCGAAAACAUGUUCAUUACCAGUAUGUGUUGGUACUGGUAAAAAGGAAGGAGGUAUUUGUAGGAAUUUAAAAACAAUUAUACAAGUGCAUGAUAUAAAGAUAUUGUAACGGUAGACUUAUCUUAUGUUUUUGAUCGAGCUAUUGAGAUAUCUGUGAUGUUGUAUUCAGUGUUAAGGACUUGGGGGCUCGGGGUGUGUCUUAAUCGUUCACCUAAUCAUCACAUGAUACAUGCCACGACAUAUUAAGAUAAUACAUUAACAUAUUAAAAAAAGGCAUGAAAAAACGUUUGAACAAGAGGCAUACGUGUGGGUAGGCGCACUUAGACAUGUUACAUGUAAAAUGGUGUUAUAGUAUGUAUAACUUAAAUAAGAUCAGCAGACGGCAAGGAGUGAGUGUGGAGGAGGCGUCAAUAAUCAAGAAGGAGAGGAAAGAUGCAGACCAGGAGAGAACAAGAAAACGAGGGAAUGGAGAUAAGGUUAAGGUGGAAAGGACAGAAUGUGAAAGAGACGAAAACUAGUGAAAAGAGGGAUUUACAUGAGUGGACGUCGCUUGGGACCGUGGUGACGAGGGGGGAAAACGAGAUGAGGAGGUGUGUUGAUCGUGAAAGAACGAGAGGGUGGAGGAGGGGGGGGGGGGGGGGGGGGGGGGAGUUAGUGAUGAGUACGAAACAACACAAGAGAGGGCACAGGGUGUAGAUUAGACGACGAGGGACAGGAAGGUUUCGAUGAAAGAACAAGAGAGAAAGGAGGAUGUAUAGCAGAAAUAAGAUAGAGGAAGUGGAUGAGAAGAAUUUGGAGAGGAGGAAAACAAGAAGAAAACAAAAAGGGAGGAAGAUGACAAAUGACAUCAAGGGGAUCGAUUUCUGACAGGUGAGAAUGAAUUGGAUGAGGAUGUAGCGGAGGGUAUAAAGGGGGGUGGGGGUGGGGGUGGAAGGAGAAUGUAGCUCUAUGAAAUAAUUAGGGAGGUGACGUAAAGCGGAAGCAGCAGUGAGGAAGGGGAGUAAACAAAGAUAGAGACAAUGGUAUGAUAUAGAGGAGCCGCUGAAGAAGUGGCGCAUUCGGAAUACCCUUUCGUCAUUUUCUACGAAACUGAGGCGAGGUGUUCCGAAUGGAAGUGGCGGUGUAGAGCAGACGAACAAAAAGAGAGGAUGGAUGUCAAGGCGAGUAUGAGGAUAUAAACGAGUAACAAUAGGUGUUCAUCAUUUUGUUGAAAACUGAGAAUGAGGAAGUACAGGACAAUGGGAAUAUUGUGGUAGGCAGGAAACGCCCGCGGAUGAGAGCGGAGAACGCGAAGCAUGUGGAUGAGAAUGAAAAGGUAACUUGUAAGUGGGGGAAAGAUCUUGAACACAAUGAUUAGAAUGACGUAACGCAUCAUUAAGCAACACCCUGUGAACGAGACAGCUCGAGUCUUCCAAGUCAACUAGUCAUUCCACAAUGUUAUUUAUUUGUUUUAGUUUAUUAAGCUUGAUAGUUGUUUGUUUUCGUUUCAUGUUAGUGACCAAAAUAGUUGUGCUGUUACAUGCUUUGUAUACACUAUCGGGUGACAGAGAGGGUGAUACUGUAUACAUGUAUAAACGAAAUCUUCAAAUAAUUUCCUUCUUUCCCAAGUCCUUAGAUAACGCAGAUUAUAUAGCAUCUUCCUAGUAAUCCUGGUAAUGAUGUUAUGCUGAUAUGUUCACUUCACAAGUCCACGAUGUCGGCAAUCGGCAGUCCUUCUCCGCACGAUACAAUGAGCAAAGGAAAUCGUUCAGGGUUUACGCCACAGGUACCUGAUAAUUUGUUACAGCUAUAUUUGGACCUAAACUACCGUGUUCAGAGUAAUUUUACAUGUUUUAGGGGUUUAG